CAGAACGGGACAGAGCCUGUGGAGCCCUGUAUAAGCAACAUCCAUGGUUUCACGUCCUGUUUCCUGUUCAGUAUAGAGACUCAACACACGAUCGGUUAUGGCGGAAGGGUGACGACAGAAGAAUGCCCGGAAGCUAUAUUCAUCAUGUGUGUACAGAGUAUUACUGGGGUUAUGAUACAAGCAUUCAUGGUUGGUGUCGUGUUUGCGAAGCUCUCCCGUCCAAAGAAACGAACGCAAACACUGCUCUUCUCAAGGCACGCCGUCAUCAACCACAGAGAUGGAGUUCCGUGUUUGAUGUUCAGGGUUGGGGAUAUGAGGAAGAGUCACAUCAUCGAAGCGCACGUUAGAGCGCAGCUCAUUAGGCAUAAGGUUACGAAGGAGGGAGAACACUUGCCAUUCUUCCAGACUGAGUUAAAAGUAGGGGGUGAUGGAGAGGAAGACAAGAUCUUCUUCAUUUGGCCAACGACAAUCGUCCACAAGAUAGAUAGCAAAUCGCCGUUGUACAAUAUGUCGGCUAACAAUCUACUCAGGGAGCGGUUCGAAAUCGUAGUUAUAUUAGAAAUUCUAUGGGGCCACAGAUUCCAGUCCCUUAUCACCUUUAAGAAGGAUACAGGGGAAUACGAGGUGGACUACGCUCUUUUCAACAACACGAUAGAGGUAGACACACCAUUGUGUAAAGAAAAACCUAGAUUUUUGACAACUGGUCAAUGCCGACCAGCACCCUGCAUGUUCCCCUCUGCCCGUUCGCAUUCCAGUGAGACUCUCAGCAGCUUGGAUUCGCUGUCCAUCGACGAUGGGCACAUCGAAAUGAAGGUGCCCAGUCCGAUUCCAGUAAUGAUCACAGCUCCCGAUGAGCCUCCGCUCACGUUGAAGAACGGUACAGUGAAAAACCUCGAGAAUCACAAAGAGGAAAGUACCGAUGUCGUAAACUGUCCGGUAUGACGAAGGUGUACCAGCUCUUCCUUAGGAAUAACGCACUGAUCGGCAACAUUGCGGUGAGAGUAGCGUUCGCGCUGUCGUCACGAUAAAAAGUUGAAAACGAACCAGAUGUAUGCAUGUAUGUGAAGUAGUGUCAAGGAAUUGAUUUCCCUCUAGUACUGCUUUCAAACGAAACCAGAAAAUCAUGGAAGGAAGGAAACCCCUUUUAGGCGAGAAUUUUCUCUCUCAAAAAUUAUUUGAUAGACAAGCUAUGCUGAAAGAUCAUAAGUGUAUCGAAGAUUUUUUAUCUCGUCUCAUUUCAACACUAGCAGCACUCCUGUAGGAUGCUGCGGAAACUUUUGUUGUGACCCACAAGGAAAAAGGUAUGUUCAGAUGGAAGGGCUGCUAGAACUAUAGCCUCUCCUACUGAAUGUAUUAGCUUCCCUAUACAUGUACACUAGAUCCACCACUGACCAUGUUUUAUAACUUUAUAAUAAGCAAAAAAAUCAAUAUUACAAAUUUAUACAAUUGACAAGCUCUUCAGAAUGUAAAAAAAUUAUAGUAUUCUCAAGAGUGAAUUAUCUAAAGCUCACAGGGACCUAAAUAUUUAUAUUUGUUGUGCAUGUAACUAUUUUCAAACUGGAAAUGAAAUAUAAAAGAACCUUCGACAUAUACAGACAUAUACAUGAGUCAGUGUUCCUGGUUACAGUUAACCGAGGACCGUUUUUAUUUAGUUGGAAUAGUUGCGGUUCCAUGGGAAUGAAAAAAGUGUCACAGACUUUGCACUUUAUAUUUUCUAGAAAAAAUAUUUCAACAUCCGCGUUAGCACUUGUACACAGUUUUUGAACAAUUCUAGUUCAUUUUUAGAACUACGUAUGAAUUUCCUGUUGCUUAUUCAUAGUUCCGGAACCAUACGAUAAUUUGGCAAUUGAUAGCAGAUUUCCCCAGCUAGUCAGUGGUAACCUUGAAUUAACCUUGACCAUGACCUUCAAGGUCAUUUGAAGGACAAGUCGAUUUUUCUAAAUGGACUCUCCCAUUUUAGCCCCGUAAACGAGAAGAGCGAAAAAUUCUACGUUCAAAUAUAACUUUGACCAUUCCUGAAUCUCCACCUUAGGAGGCCAUAGUCAAGGUCAAACCCAGGUAUGGUGAUUUAACUGGAAAGCCAGCAGUCAUAUAGGGAUACUACCCAGACAUUGUUUUCAUGAUUUUUCCAUUUGAAGAUCAACGCUUGUUUUUUCUAUAGGACCCUGUACUUUUGACCCCGAAAUGGAGAAUAUGUCCUUGACCAUUUUGGAACUUGACCUUGGAUAUGACCAUCAUGUUCAAACCACAAGUUUAACUUUAAUUCAGAAAACUGUUAUCUCCAGAUACACAGACUGUUCUUUCGGAAUUGUUUCAGGCUACAAAAAUCGAUUUGACCAUUACAUGACUUGAAUGUUAUCAUGAUCAAAGUCAGAUCCCAAGUCACCUUUAGAUAUCCAGGAAAAAUAAUGAAAAUAAUGUCUCAUCAUGGUUAAACACAAAUUUACGUUCAUUUCUUUAAGAAAACUGUAAUCUCCAGAUAAACUUAACUGUUCUUUCAGGAUUAUUCCCUUGCUACAAAAAUCGUUUUGGAUUUCACAUGACCUUGAAGGACAACGUGGUCAAGGUCAGAUCCAAAGAUAUUCGGAUACCCGGGGGAAAAUAAUGAAUGUCUUGGUAGUUUACCUGGUCGACUACAGGUUUUCAGGUUAUAUCACUGUACAUGAGUCUGACCUUGAUAAUGACCUCCUGAGGUCAAAAUUUAAACGUAACAUUUCCGUUAGUGGAAAUAGAGAAUAUGUCCUUGACCAUUUUGGAGCUUGACUUGAACAUCAUGGUCAAUCAGUUUACCUCCAUUUCUUGAUAAUUCAGAAAAUUGUAAUCACCAGAUGAAUUGACUUCACUGCUCUUUGAGGAUUGUUUCCUGGUUACAAAAAUCAACUUGGCGUUCACCUGACCUUGAAGGAUAUCAUGGUCAAGGUCAGACCCAAGGUCACCUUUGGAUACCCUGGGUAAAAUAAUAAAUAUGAUGUCCUUAUACGAUUACUGGUUUUCAAGUUUUAUCGCCGUAUAUGGUUUGACCUCGAUCAUGACCACCUGAGGUCAUAAUUUAAACCUAAAAAUUUCCGUCAACGAUGACCCUGGAAUUGACCUUGGCCUUGCCCUUGAAUGUCAACGCUUUCUUCUAUUGUGAGCCUGUACUUUUGACCGCGAAAAUGGAGAAUGUCUUCUUGGCAAUUUUGGAACUUGACCUUCGACUUGGUCAGAUCCAAGGACACCUUUCAAUAUCCAGUGAAAAUAAUCAAAAUAAUGUCUCACUAGUUUUCCUAUACGAUCACUGGUUUUCAAGUUGUAUCACCGUACAUGGCUUUAACCUUGAUCAUGACCUCCUAAGGUCAAAAUUUAAACAUAAUUUUUUUGCCAAUGAUAACCUUGGAAUUGACCCUGGCAAUGCCCUUGAAGGUAAUUUGAAGGUCAACGCAUUUUCUAGUGGGACCCAGUGCUUUUAAACGCGGAAAUGGAGAAUAUGACCUUGACCAUUUUGGAACUUGACCUUGGACUUGACCAUCAUGGUUUACUUUCAUUUCUUGAGAAUUCAGAAAACUGUAAUCACCAGGUAAACUGACUUCCUGUUUCCAGACUACAAAAAUCGGCUUGGCGUUCACAUGACCUUCAAGGUCAUCAUGGUCAAGGUCAGAUCCAAGGUCAGCUUUGGAUAUUCGGAUAUUCGCUCUUUUCACUUACGGCAUUCAAAAUGGGGGACUUCAUUUAAGAAAAGCGACUUAACCUUUAAAUGGCCUUGAAGGUCAAAUGCAAUGUCACUAUUGCAUGUCUCUGGAAUAAUCGCGGGGCUUAGUCUUUUCUGACCAAUAUUAGUUCACAGAUUAUCGUGGGGUUCCGUAACUUUUCAUACAACUUGUAUACAAACUUCCUGUUGUUUAUACAUGUAUGCCACUACCAAACUUCCAGGUUAGUUAAUAGAUGAGACUGUUGCAUGGGAAGUAAUUAUUUUUCUAGAGGCCCCAAAACAUGGGAUGAACACUCCGUGCAACCUAAACGGACACGGUACUCUAGAAUACAUUAGUGAUUUCAUUUGUGAUUGAUCCGCUCACAUUAGCAUUCAAGGUGGGCGAUAGAAUCAACUGUUUGUAAAGAAGGAAAAAUAUACCGACAAUGUUUGACUCUUAUUGCAAUUUCCUUUUUUUGUUCUGAUAUCCAUAUAUUUUCAAAGAAAUUAAUCCUUUUGAAACCCUUAAUUUCCAGGUAUUUUGUCACUCGUUUUAUACUACAGAAAUAAUAAGUGGAAUUUUAUUUUUCAAACAUUUGGUAGAAGUGGAUUCACCAUCGCAAAAAAAAUCACUUGACUGUUGUUGCAGCAGUUUUGAGCCUGAAUUGAAGAUGUUACAAUGUGUUUUUGAAAAUGGCGCUCAAGUGUCAAUUAUUCUAAUGAUAUUUUUGUCCGACCUGAGUGGGCUAAUGGUUCUUCCAACAUUUGACAAGUAUUUAAUUAUAAUUAGACCAUUUUUAUACGCUUAUUUUUGUAUUUUUGUAAACAUAAUCAUACCUUGUACAUCGCUGGCCGAUAGUACUCUAUUCACUUCAAUAUCAAGAAUAAUGAUGAAAUAAAACUCAAUGAUAUUCCUGUUAAGGUAUAAGCUGUCUUCCUUGCCCAAAGUAGGCUGAACACCCUAACACUUAGUUUAACAAUGAUUUAAUGGCAUUAUAUUAGGUGUUAAUGACUACAGUGGACGCUUAUUACUUGGCUACUUGAUUCAAUUGUAGAACGCCUUUAUGGCCUCCUUGAUUGCCAUAGUCUUCUCUUCUUGAGAUUCCUAGCGAAAGGGCUCUCCUAUUAUAAGGUUAUGUUUUCUUUCUGAAUCUUAAGAAAUUUCAGGUUUAUGAAACCGAUAAUAAAAAUUUAGUUUUAUCAGCCUCAAAUUUGUUACAGGACGUAAAAAUAGAGCACUGGUACGAAACAGUAGAAAUCUAGGAAUACCCUGCGUUUCUCAAGGACAGGAAAAAGCUAUAAAAAUCAAGGAGCCCAUAAAGGCGUCUUAUAAUUGUUGUAGGAACGACUGACGAUACGGCACAGAUUUUUUAAAGUAGUUUUGCGGCCUUUUUGGUCUGAAAAAAUAUACAAUUAAUUUUUCGGUCUAGUAGAAAAAGUAUCAUAUACUGAUUGAUAAAAAAGGUAAACACCUACGUAUGUUUAUCCGAUUUUAAUAAUUUUUGGCAUAUAUGUUCAGUGUCCCUUACUAGUAAAAUGAUUAAAUUUUCAACUUGAACCGUCAAAUGACUGCAGAAACACAAAAAUAUUAUCAAAACAAGCAGCGCAUAUACUCCAUCACUGGAGUGCAAGUUAAAAGAAAGGAUAUUAUUCAAAACUACCUAACAAUAAAAUUAUUGUAAUAAUUAACCCUGCAAAACGUUUACCAUGGUACACGUACGAAGGCUUUACAAAUAUUUUAACGCCUAAACUUAUCUGGACAGUGGUCAGACGACCAGUUACGGCUCUAGGCGCAGCCGAGAUGUCCUCAGCUCACAAACGCUCGGGUUAAAAACCAAUGGCCAGCAGUGGGCAGUGGGAGCUUCACAAAGUGGGGGUUGCUUGCCGCCAUGUUUACGGUAUAAAAAAACCCUGUUCACAUGAGGGUUUUUUGUCAAGCGGAAGGGGUGGCUUCCAGCAAAAACGGCUGCAAAAUAGCUACAAGACAAAGCUGGAAGUAGUUCUUUGCAAUGUCUUUCUACGCUAAGGGUUAAAAUCCCAUUAGAAAAUGGACGGGGAAGCACCCAAACCAAAACAACUAAACGUAAUGUACAAAAUGAAGGAUGCUACUCCAUAAUCUGAUGUUUGGGGCGUAAUAUCGAAGAAGGGACAGGAUCAGCCAGCACUCUCAGAAAUGGAGAAGUAUCUCCAGACAUCUCCGCCAGGCACGGGAACUCAUUAAAGGGCCCAGUGCUAAGGAUGGACGCUUCUGCCUAUCUCUGGAUAGAGCCAACGUAAGGUUGCUGGUGGGACUGUUGUCUGGCCAUAACACAUUAAGGCGUCACCUGCACGUGAUGGGGGUGGCUGAGGAUCCCUUGUGUGAAUGCUGCGGAGUAGAGGAAGAGACCUCGGUGCACGUUUUGUGUCGCUGUGAAGCUCUGAGCUACUAUAGGCAGACUAUACUGGGGUCCAUUACGUUGGACCUUCAGGACGUCAAGAAGCUUAUUGGACUCAAGGCGAUUCUCAACUUCGCUAAACGGGUGAGGCUUGUGAUCUAAGGAACGUAGAGGUGCAUAAGGGCUUAAGCGGCCUAUGCACUGGCUCCUUAUGGUGGCCGGAUUGCCUCUAAUUUCACGAGUUACUCAUUCAUUCAAUAUCCCAAAUUGUCGUAUUCGGCGAUAUACCGUACGCAUACCAACCAUCCUUCCAUGCUCUUCAAACCACUGACUAGCGAUGUCUCGAUGUACUACUGAAUCUGUCUCUCAGAGCCAGAAGUCUUAACCGGCAGUCUUGUCGCUCUGUGAGCCCUCGGUCGUUCACACUGCAGUGUACGAGGGCGGUUCAAUAAGUACCCGUGUUUCACGACAGCGGGCGUUCCUGAGGGAAUUUAAUGUUAUCAUCGUGUGCUGUCAUUAGAUUGAUAGGUUAGUUUGGAUUUGGCAGCCGUUCGAAUAACACGUGUUUCGUGAUUUUCGCUAAGAUGGAAAAAGAGCAGUAUCGUUCGGUAAUUCGCAUUUUGUUUUUGGAUGGGAAAACAUGCGAGGAGAUAAAGGCAAAGUUGGAUGUUGUUCAUGGGAACACUUCGCCAUCCAUGACCAUAGUUAGAUAUUGGUUCAACGAAUUUAAACGUCGACGAACCUCCGCUUUUGAUGGCUUUUGAUGAUUUCGUGGCAAGAUAAAUCGAUAUGUAAGAAAUUCUUUAAUUUUAAUAAACAUACGUAGGUGUUCAUCUUUUUUUUUGUCACUUAGUAUAUUUAUGUAUGUACUUAGAGUGUCAACUAGCAUAGUCCCUCCAUUUUGCCAGAUUUGCAGUUGAAUUUUCUUCCAUAUAGAACUGCGAUAGCAGCGCUCUAGCGGCUCUUGUACAGGACCAAUUGUCUUGCAAGCAAGUAUGCACAUACCUGUAUACCAUUUUAAUCUGGAUAGGAAUCCAAAUGUUUUCUCAAUUUGUCCCUAAACCUAUCAGCUAGUUCGUAUAUAAUUAGAAUAUAGUUUCUCUAUUUAUAUGAGGAUUACUGGCAAGCACUAUAAGGUGAAACAUGUAUAGUUUUGUAUAUUAUGUAGUAAGAAAGUAUUUUUUCACUACUAUAAGCUGAGAAUCACAAUUCUCCAUUGAGAAGUGGCUUUUCUCUCCCUGGAUAAGUAAUGAUAAUAAAAUAGCACCAAGGUAAAUAAUGAAUAAAAUUGUCUAUAAAGGGUUUUCUAUUAAGGACUUGACAACUUUCUUCUUAAAUAAAACGCAAACCAUUUGAGAUAUCUUAAAAAUUUUAUUAUUGGAUAAUACUCAAAACUUGUAUGGAAUUCGACCUCGUUCAUAUGUCCACCACGGGCACGUUUGCAGCGAUCGAUUCGUUGAGCCUAAUUUUCCGACAGAAACGGCCGUUAUUUCUCGUUCAAUAUAUUUUUUUAUAUAUCGAAGCAGUUGCGCAGGCAGAGGCCUAAAUGCCGGAGACCGCGGCUGCUAUGAUGAUCCCAAAGAAAUUUUGUUAACCAGAUUUUUGAACUACCUGAGGUUCAGGUCAGUAGAACUGGAAAAAGCUUCCACUUGUAGAUUUUUCCGCAAUCUCGACACCCUCGGGACAAAGGAGCGGUCGUAUCGGCCAGUUCUGGACGUAGGAAAUUCGACACGGUUAGAAUGGGAGGUCAAAGUCAGGCGGGUCAGUCUCGCAGACACAUCGCGCGGCGGCAUCAUGAAAGAGCUCUGAGGAGCAAAGCCCGUUGGUGUAGCGGUAGAAACGAGCUAGAUCGCCGACGGCCCGCCGGUGCGAAAGAGUCCCGAGACUGUCUGUUAGAGAAGAGUCAUCGAUCAGUCGGACCGCCCUCCUCUGGACAGUAUUGAACAUGGAUUUUGUAAAAAUGAGACUCAUCACUGAAGAUGAUUUUGUGAUGAAAUUGUUCAUUUUCUUGCAACAUUUCUAGAGCCCAAAUCGAGGACGUAAGGAUCGAACGGGUUUAGUUCUUGAGUUAACUUGAUCUUAUAAGGGUACAGGCCAAGAUCUCUUCGCAACAUUCGCCAUAGUGUGGUUUGAGCGAUGCCCAAUUCUUGAGAACGCCGUGGAAUAGACGUGUUCUGUUCUUUUGCUUGAACGGCAGCAAUAUUCUCGGUACUUCAAUCAACUCGUUGUCUCACUGGCACGGGAACAUCCAGCAGGGAAUAUGUGGGCUCAAUUUUUUUACUAGGCUAUGAAUUGCUUGUCUACUAGGACGUGAAUUACGUCAAAAAGUUGCAGCCACGAACUCGGAAUUUCGGUAGUAAAUUUUAAUUAUUUGUAAGCGUGUUCGUUCGUGUACUUUGCCAUAAUGAAAAUGUGUUCUUUAAUGCAUGUUUUGACAUUGACAGUUCGGUAAUUGAUUUAAAGGUGCGUUCACAGUGAAAGUUCAAAGUUGUCAAGUCCCUAUUGGAAAACUCUAUAGGUACUUGGAAGCUAUUAAGAAAUAUUGAGUGUAGCUCCUCAUAAAGCUACUGCAAUCGACAAAAUAUUGGAAAAUGUAUUUCGGUGCUAACAGAAAGAAAACACACCAACCGACAUUUGCACUUCCCAUCAAUUUAAAACGGAUCUGUCUGCGAUAUUUUUUAAUUUCAGUUUUACAACAACCAACUAUAUCCAUCCAUAUUUAUAGAAUUCGUUGGAAACUUUAUGAUUGUGCUGCGAAAUCGAAUAUUUUGUGAUAUACAGUGUGGCCCAACAAAAAGGCUGCACCACCAUCUGUGACUCUCCUGGUACAUUUUGGAAAAAUACGCUCGAACAAGUUAAUUUUGAUUUCUCGGGGGACGUCUCUUCAUCUAGUGUCCUACAAUACAGGGUGAUCCAAAAAUAAGAUAUUGCAUUACACUUUAGAUUUUUAAAACGAAAUCUCCAUUUUGUCUUUAAUUUUUAGAUUCUCAUUUGGUUCCAUUUUGGUAAUACAGUUUUGUUAUUUCUACCCUUUCUUGAUUUGAAUAAGUUUUUGUUCAAUAUUUAUCACAACUAGGUAGGUAAGUUGACAAUUUGAAAUGAAAGACAAAUUUUUCUAUGGCAUACGAUGACACUGACUGAUGCUAAAUGUUCUUGCUGGUAUCCAUGAUAAUUAUUUUUUGCUGUGCAUUCCAUUAUUAACAGUAAUAAGUUAGUCGAACUUUAUUAUAAACUCAAAUAGCUUUAAAAGGAUUGAAGAUUCGUGGAAAAUCUAAAAAUUAAAAAAAAAUAGUGGUUUGCAUUUAAAAAUCUGAAAUGUAACGCGAUAUCAUAUUUUUGGAUCACCCCCUGUAGAUGAAAAGACGUCCGCCUAGCAAUCAAAAUCGACAUGUCCGAGCGUUUUUCCCAAAAUAUACCAGAAGAGUCACAAAUUGGAGUGCGACCUUUUCGUUGGGCCACCCUGUAUAGCGUUAAUAGUGAAAUCUCAUACACACCUCGUUUGAGAAUGCCAUCAUUCUUCUCGCACAUUAUAUUCUUCGGCGCAACGUGCCUCGGGUUAUAAAAACGCUCGGCACUAAUGACCCACUUCUCAAACUAAGUAUGUAAUGUACUAUUUUUACAGUAUUUACUCAUAAUAAUUACAGAACUAUUUCAUGGAAAACGCCCCAAAUAUACAAAUACGUUGAUAAUGAACCACUAGAUACUUACUGAAAAUAUAGACAAGGGUUAUUCAGUCAGUUAGAUUUAUUGCGAAUGAAUAUAUUCCAAUAUCAAAUUGACGCUUGGUAAAGAAAAAUACGAUGCUUUGUUGCCACUUGUCUUUUUGGGUCUCUGUUCGGUCGUUAACUUUGUUAGUUGAUUUUGCAUAUUCAACCAGUGGUUUUCAUAUUUUUACCGAAAUUACGGAACUAAAUUGUAGUUAAAAUAUUUGGACACUCAAAAUUUCGCAAACAUCUAUACGUUGAGAGUCCACGAUAUCCUAAAAUUCAAUACGUAUAUAUAGGAUUACUCUGUAGAACUUCUAUUUUCAAACUUUAGAAACUUAACGUCAAAUUUUUGUAAGCACUGGAGGAAAGGGGUACGUUGAAGAAGCUCAUGUUUUAUAAAUCAAUAUCAUUUUCUAGCCCAAUUCAGGUUUAAUUUUUGUUUUACAUUUCUGUUACAUCAUCCCCAUCCAUGUAUUUAUGUUUUAUACAUUUAUUUUUAAUUUAUUUAUUUUUUAUACAGGUACUUAAUAUUAGUAGUAUGGUGUAAUGUGUAUAGUAAUAGAUUGUAACAUAGUCACUGUAGUGCCAUUGUAUUUGUCUUAUUAUAUUUUGUAAAAAAGUUUGAAAAUAAAUACAAGCGACAUGAAGUCCA